UCAUCAUCAUCAUCAUCACAAUAUUAAUUUUCCCACCUACUUAAUUAUAUAUAUAUCUAUAUAUAAUUAAAUUUCCCUUCAUUUUAAUUAAUCCUUGGAUAUUUAUAAAUUUUCGAAAUAAUUAAAAAAAGAUAGAAAGAAAACGAGGAGAGGAGAGGAGAGAGAAAAUGAGUAGCCUAAGCAUGGUGGAAGCAAAGCUACCACCAGGGUUUAGGUUUCAUCCAAGAGAUGAUGAACUUGUUUGUGAUUAUUUGAUCAAGAAAUGGAAUGGUUGUGAAUCUCCUCUUCUUACUGUACUUGAUCUUAACAAGUGUGAGCCUUGGGAUAUUCCAGAAACAGGGUGUGUUGGAGGUAAAGAUUGGUAUUUUUACAACCAACGUGACAGGAAAUAUGCAACGGGGCUAAGGACAAACCGAGCAACUGCCUCGGGUUACUGGAAAGCUACCGGAAAAGAUAGACCGGUAGUUCGACGGGGCAGCCUUGUAGGAAUGAGGAAAACCCUAGUAUUUUACCAAGGUAGAGCACCUAAGGGCAAGAAAACUGAUUGGGUUAUGCAUGAGUUUCGUGUUGAAGGACCUUUUGGCCCUCCUAAACUUAAUCCCACUUCCAAGCAAGAAGAUUGGGUCCUUUGUAAAGUAUUCUAUAAGAACAGCAAAUCAGAAGGCGGUUCGAAAAGUGGAGGCGAAUUGGAAAACGAUAGCAACUCCAUGGAAGAAGAAACAAGCUCAUCAUCUUGCCUGCCACCAUUAAUGGAAUCCUAUAUCACCUUCAACCAAACUCAAACAACAACAACAACAACAACAACAACAAAUCCAGAUAAUAGUAAUAAUAAUAAUGCUGGUUACCACCAGCAAGUGCCCUGCUUCUCCAUUACCUCAUCAUCUGCCAACCUGCAGCAAAUUCAUCCUAAUAAUAAUAAUAAUAAUAAUAAUAACAAUUACCCAGCUAUUUUAUACCAGAAUAAUGAUCACAUGUUGUAUCCUAACCAAAAUGAUCAACAAACUUGUACUACUAUAAUGGCGCACCCAGAUCUAGAUGAAUCGGCGGCCAACCCUUUAGGAUGUGAUCGAAAGGUGCUCGAAGCUGUACUAACUCAGCUUACUAAAAUGGAAACCGAUCACCCUAUUAUUAACUUUAAUAAUGCUUCGUCAAGUUUAGGGGAGGUUGCCAGUUCUGAAACUUAUAAUUUGUCAUCUCAAGUUGCGUUGCCGCCUCACAUCUGGAACAAUUAUUAAACACCACCACGGAUAUAUGUACGGAUGCUUGUUUUAAGUUGAAUCAGUGAUCGAUGUGACCACUCACUGGUUUAUUGAUUGCGGGAUGGAGGUAGUAUGUACUUUAUAAGAUCGAUUCCAUGGGUUUUCUUUAUCUAUAUUAUUAUUAUUGUUGUUGUUGUUGUUGUUAUAUGAUUCAAGAUUUGAAAUUCACACAGUUUUAUUUGCAAUUUUGAGUUUUAUUGGAUCUUUAUGAUUAA